AUGCGGAGCUGGGAUUGUAGCCCUUAGCUCUAAAAGUCGCCCGUCUUAGAGUGCCUCUGUCAAAGAGUUCAAAUUCCUCACAAAAUCUCAUCUCCUUUAAACAUUAAGAGGCAGAUUUUUCUCCGCUGUACGAAAUGGCAAAAGUUAUAAAGAUGUCUGCUCCCUUAAAAACUCGGCUUAUUGGCGCAUCCAUUUUUCCUGCCUGCAAAUUCAAUCCUUGUAGUAAUCAAAAUAUUUUAGGUCCGCUAGCGCUGACAGCUUCAGGAAGGGCUACUGCGCAUGCGCAAGUUUAGUGCUCGCUGUAACUAAGGCGGGGAAAAGGACUAAAAAGUGGUUAUCUCAGGAAGUUAUGACUGAUACGGGAAAUAUAAAAGAGACUUUGCCGGCAUAAGAAUUCAGAUUUUAAGAUCGGAGAAGAGAGUGAAGGAGUGCAGAGUUCAUUCAGAGCGGAAGUGAGCAGGCUGGCACUCUGCAGGCGGAGUGAGACAGACAAGUGCAAACACACUGCAAACCCACGAAUUUACUCGUUCUGCCUUUUUAGGCCUUUGGCUUCUCUCCACAACAGUCAGUCAUGACUGAGUCCCAGUAUGCAAUUACAGGAAUCAGUGUCAUUUGAGGAUGUGUCUGUGGACUUCACUCAGGAAGAAUGGAAUCAACUGGACCCUAUUCAGAGGAGCCUAUACAGAGAUGUGAUGCUAGAGAAUUAUAGCCAUCUUGUCUCUCUGGGGUAUCCUAUUACCAAACCAGAAGUGAUCACCUCUUUAGAGCAAGGAGUCCUUGGGAUAAUAAAGAGAGAAAUCCCAAGUUCAAGUUGCACAGAAGAUGGUCAAGCUGAAUACAACUUGGCAUGGCAUCAGAAAAAUCAAAAUAUAUACCUGGAGCAAGCUAUAUCCAUUAUUGAGAAAAAUGUGACUGAAGAAAGAAGUUAUGAAUGUGAUGGAUUUGUAAGCCCACUUUCUCAGAGCACAUGGGUAGUUUCUUCAGGACCCACACCCUAUAUGAAUAACUCAUUUGGGGAAAGUAUUAAAAAUAAUUUAGGUUUACUCAAUCCUAGUAGUAUGAGCUUUGCAGCUCAGGAAUGUUAUGAAUGUAAUAGAUGUAGGAAAUUAUUAAUUCCUGGCAGACAUGAGAUAAGUGACAGAAUGAAAUCCCAGGAGCAUAAUAUGUUUGGAAAAGAGCAUAUUUAUAACUUUGUUCAGCAUGACUUGACUCAACUUGGAGACAAAACCUAUGAAUGUCCUGAGUGUAGAAUAACCCUCAGCCCAAGUUCAUUCCUUGUUGUUCAUCAGAUCACUCACAUAGGAGAAAAGCCUUAUGAAUGGGAAAGAUGUAGAGAAGCAUUCAACAACACAGCACACCUCAGUCUACAUCAAACAAUGCACACAGGAGACAAGCUUUUUGAAUGUAAUGAAUGUGACAAGUCCUUCAGAGAGGAGUCAACACUGCAUAUACAUCAAAGAACACAUACAGGUGAAAAACCAUAUAUAUGUACUGAGUGUGGCAAUGCUUUUCAAGAAAAGACAAAUCUUAUUAUACAUCGGAGAACUCACAAAGGAGAGAAGCCCUAUAAAUGUACAGAUUGUGAGAAAACCUUCAACCAAAAAGCACAUCUGAAUGUACAUCAGAGAACACACACAGGAGAAAAACCUUUUGAAUGUACCAAUUGUGGCAAGUACUUCAGAGAGAAAUCAACUCUGAAUAUACAUCAAAGAACUCAUACAGGAGAGAAACCAUAUGUAUGCAAUGAGUGUGGCAAAGCCUUCAGAGAAAAGACGAAACUCAUUAUACAUCAGAGAACUCACACAGGAGAGAAACCCUAUGAAUGUUCAGAAUGUGGGAGAGCGUUUAACCAAAAGGCACACCUCAGUGUACAUCAGAGAACACACACAGGAGAGAAACCUUUUGAAUGCAAUGAAUGUGGCAAAGCUUUCAGAGAAAAGUCAACACUGCGCAGACAUCAAAGAAUUCACACAGGAGAAAAACCUUAUGUGUGUUCAGAAUGUGGAAGAGCCUUUACCCUUAAGCUAAGCCUCAGUGCUCACCAGAGAAUUCAUACAGGGGAAAAAACAGAUGGAUGUACUGUAUGUGGAAAAGUCUUCUCCCGGAAGUCAUACCUCAUGUUACAUCAGAGAGCUCAUACAAGAAAAAAACUUGAAAAAUCAUAUGAAUGCAAUGAAUGUGAUAAAGCAUUCUUACAGAAAUCAUAUCUCAUUAUUCACCAGAAGGUUCACGCAGGAGAGAAACCCUAUGAAUGUAAUAUAUGUGAGAAAUCUUUCUCCCAAAAAUCAUAUCUCAUUAUUCAUCAAAGAAUCCAUACAGGAGAGAAACCGUAUCAAUGUGAUAAGUGUAGCAGAGCCUUCAGAGAGAAGUCCAAACUCACUGUACAUCAGAGAAGUCACAUAGGAGAGAAACCCUAUGACUGCCCUGAAUUGGAAAGAAACUUUGCAGAGAUCAAAGUUCCUCAUGGAUUAGAGAACUCAGAGAUGAAAGAAAACAAAGAACUGAAAAUGGAAAAUCUGUCGUAGUAAAGUUAAAGAAAAUGGAAAUGCAAAAAGCAACAGGGAAAUUGUGCUGUAGCUAGGGUGCUUUUCUAAUCAAAUGACACACUUGUCCCUAAAGAUCAGCACCAGCCAUAUUGGGAGAAGAACAUUCUGAGUAAAAGAAAUAGGAAGAUCUUAUUUCUUAAAGAAAAGAACUUGGCCUCUGUACUUUUUUCAUCAUGGAUAUAUUGAAUUAUCAUUUCGUAUCAAAGAGGUUGUCAAUGCUGAAAUCUUUUCAAGUCUUCAAUGUAUAAAAGCUGUCAGUUGAAAAACAAACCUCAUCAUAAAUGUGGGCAUACAUAUAAAAAGAAUUCAAUUAAUUAAUUUCUCAGAAGUAAAGUAAAGGAAAUCUGUAAGUUUCCAAAUUUCAAAAACUCAUAGAAAACAUAAAAAUAACUUAUUAGAAAAAGUGGUUUACCAAACAAUUUUAAGUUAAAUAUUUAAAUAUAACCAUUAAAGGAACAACAAAGAAUAUAUUACAAAAUUCCAAAUUAUUGUAAUAAUCAGAACAAUGUAAGAAGAUACUACUAGAGUAUCAAAUCCAGGGUUAGGCAGUAAUAACAGUUGAUAAUGUCAAUGUUUCCUUCCCAGAAUGAUCUGGGAAGACUAUAAGCUUCCAAGAAGGACUAUAAGAUGCCUAAUAGGCUUUAGAAGACAUGUUUUUGACACAAAUUCACCAGAGUUCAUUUCUGCUGCUUUUAAUUAAUGCCUACCACAUUCAGAAUUUUGUCAAUAGCCAGCAUGGUAGCAUCUUUUAUGGACUCCCAGAGAGAUGUAAAAUUUGGUUAUCUAUCCUGGUUGGGGUGAAAUAAUGGAAAAUUCCAGUUGACCUUAAGGAGGAGGUCUUGAACUCUCCUUGCCAUGCAGGGACAGCUAGCUGUUUUAAUGAUCAUCUGUGUUUAUUUUUGAUGAACGCUGAAAGCAAGGCUUUGGGUAACUGAGCCCUGACUAUGGACUACAAAACAACAUGAGCAACUACUUCAUGAGAAUAGCUACUUCCAAUGGGAUUGCCCAAUGAAAUGAGAGCAAAUGGCAAGUAGUUAAUAGCUGUGUUCAAGACACAGCCUGAAAACCAGGCAUUCUGUAAUAAGAAAUUAUCACUUUGUGUGUCCUUUGAAUUCUUUGUCUAAAUUACAAGUCUGUCAUUUUAAACUUUAGACUUAGAUCAUGAAAGACAUAAUAGGAGGUUGGGGCUUAGAAUGGAAGUAUGUUAGAGUAUGUGGUAGAAUGUGACUAUUUUAAACUCUCAGUGCACACUGUAUUUUCUCUAUUUAAUUUAAGUCUCCCCGAAGAGGCCACAAAUGUCUUAAAUAAAGACCCUGUAGUGACCUAAUCUGAAAAUGAUUCUUUUAAAGAUAGGACAUCUUUCAUAUCCUUAUACCCAACCCCUCUAUCUCUAAAUCUGUAAUUGAAUUUUUUAUUUUUUUAGAUGCAGGGUCUUACUAUGUAGGCUAGGCUGCUUUAGGGUUGUAAUUUUAUGCCAUUGCCACCUCAGUGCUGGUAUGACAAGCAUGUACCAGCAUAAACAUAUCUUUUUUCCAUUUUUAUUAGAUAUUUUCUUCAUUUACAUUUCAAAUGCUAUCCUGAAAGUCCCCUAUACCCUCCCCCGCCCUGCUCCCCUACCCACCCACUCCCAAUUCUUGGCCCUGGCAUUCCCCUGUACUGGGGCAUAUAAAGUUUGCAAGACCAAGGGGCCCCUAUUCCCAUUGAUGGCUGACUAGGCCAUCUUCUGCUACAUAUGCUGCUAGAGACACAAGCUCUGGGGGUACUGGUUACUUCAUAUUGUUGUUCCACCUAUAGGGUUGCAGACUCCUUCAGCUCCUUAGGUCCUUUACCUCCUUGAUUGGGGGCCCUGUGUUCAAUGCAAUAAAUGACUAUUAGCAUCCACUUCGGUAUUUACCAGGCACUGGCAUAGCCUCACAAGAGACAGCUAUAUCAGGGUCCUUUCAACAAAAUCAUGCUGGCAUAUGCAAUAGUGUCUGGAUUUGGUGGUUGUGUAUGGGAUGGAUUCCCGGGUAGGGCAGUCUCUGGAUGGUCUUUCCUUCCAUCUUAGUUCUGAACGUUGUCUCUGUAACUCCUUCCAUGGGUAUUUUGUUCCCCAUUCUAAGAAGAAGCAAAGUAUCCACACUUUGGUCUUCCUUCUUCUUGAGUUUCAUGUGUUUGGCAAAUUGUAUCUUGGAUAUUCUAAGUUUCUGGACUAAUAUCCACUUAUCAGUGAGAGCAUUUCAUGUGUGUUCAUUUGUGAUUGGGUUACCUCACUAAGGAUGAUAUCCUACAGAUCCAUCCAUUUGCCUAGGAAUUUCAUGAAUUCAUUCUUUUUAAUUGCUGAGUAGUACCCCAUUGUGUAGAUGUACCACCUUUUCUGUAUCCAUUCCUCUGUCCAAGGACAUCUGGGUUCUUUCCAACUUCUGGCUAUUAUAAAUAAGGCUGCUAUG